AUGCCCCAAGAGCUUGAUCCUGAGGAAUGGCCAGCACUUCCCAGCACCUCAAUCAAACCUGCACAAAAUAAAAACAGACUGAGAGGCGCCAAAUCAAAAGCCAAAAUCAACACCAAGGACACCGUGAAGAGUCCAACACAGUUCCCAACUCGCGUACGCAGGCCUCGGGAACUUCGAAAAUGCUUCAAAAGAGAUACCCAAACCUCCUCUGGCUCCGGUCACAAAUUGAGCUACAAGGAAGAAGAUCUUCUUCAAAAGAUGCGCGCUCAUCUCGCAUCACCAUACGACAGUCAUCGCCAGGAAUGGUUUCGAAAACAACUCCAUGACUUGGUUCAACAGUCAUCAAAAACACCAACAGAUUGGGAAGCAAUCCUGCUACGUUAUCGAGAUAUGUUCAACAAGAUCAUCUUCAAAGGUCUACUAAACCGCCAGCUCUGCCCUCUGACAUUCUUCAAGCUCGGGACACACAAAAGCAAAUUAUUCGGCUGGUCACUGAAUCUACGGGACAUCCCCGACAUCACGCCAGAGACCAUAACUGGCAAGAUAGACAUUUUCGAGAUCAAGGACCGCGGCAGAAGUUUGGCAGAGCAGCUACGCAUAUACCUAGGUGUGCUUCUCCACGAAAUGGUCCACGCAUUUCAAUGUCUUUACACGUGCGGAUGCAUAGCUUGUGAGAUCCCGGACGAUUUGUUCAAGGAAGCUGGGAAUGGGUAUGAGUUGUUCUUUUAUGGUCUGUCUGGGGCUAUUGAGAUAUUCAUGAGAGAUGUUUUGGAGGUCAAGGUCAGCUUAUAUCGAUAUGACCAACUGCAGAUUGCGAUAGGCAAGGGUGAGUUGGGGGUAGAUGACCUUCCCAAGGUAGAUUGGAAAGCGUAUGAUCUGGAUGUUCGACAUAUUGGCAAAUUGAUAGAUGGUGUACAAGGAAGGUGGGAAACAACCUGGCAAAAUUGUGGUUAA